UGCCAUGUCAUCAGAUGCCAUAAAUGGAGAGUUCGACGUCAAUUCUCUUUCAGAAGACAACAUAAUUCAGUUUCUAAAUUCAAACUGCCACUCCGAAGACGAUGCGAAACACUGGCUCGAAUUUUUCUCAAAUCGGCUCAAAAAUUUGGACCAAAGUGGAACCGAAGGUCAAAAAUCGGAUAUUUCCUCACUUAAAGAAUUGACUGGAGAAGCAAGAAAUGACUUGACACGUCUCCGCGAGCUGAAGAAAAAACGAGAAUUAUUAUUGCGUAAAAUUGCGAAUAGCAAGUUAAAGACGGAUGAGUUUUAUGACAUUUUGAAAGAAAAGUGUGAAAAAUUGCAAAACUUGGAGAAGCAAAAACAGCAAAUGGUUGCAUUGGAAGAGUUCAAAUCUAUUCUAAGAAAAAUAAAUGAAGCUUAUCAAGAGUCCACUCCUAAAGCAAUAAUGUUUUACUCGGAAGCGGUACUUCUUUACCAAAAUUUACCGGAAGAUUCAAAUGAGAAUUUACUUGACAAAAUGUAUUCCAAAAUUGAGGACUGGGAAAGUAAAUUAAUUGAUUCGGUUAAAACAGAUUUCCUUCGAACCAUGUCGAAGCUAGGCUGGGGAACGAGCAACGUAUUGAUAGCGGCCAAUCAGAUGAAGGAAACAGAACGAGAGCAUUUGAUUGGUCAGAGAAAUGAGUUGUUUUUACAACUUUUGGGACUUCAAAAACCUGCUAUAAAAGGUUUAGUCGAUAAGAGUAUUAUAUCAACAGAUAACGAAUUAGCUGAUCUGAAUUUACCUCCUAUUAGUGCUUUGUUAAUUGUGUUUAAAAAGAGAUUUUACUUCCAUUUUUACGGCGACAGAAAGACAAAUAGCAUCGAAAAACCGGAAUGGUAUUUGACGCAGGUUUUGAAAUGGGUACAAGAAUGCAAAGACUACUUGGACGACGAAUUUCAGCCACUUGUUAAUAAAAUGUGGAAUAAACCUGUUAGUAUGAAGAUAAAAUUUGUCGCGGGGCUUUUGGGUUUCAUUCGGACAAAAAUGACGUCGGAUUUGAAACACGUCGUCUAUAACGAGUCUUUGUUGUCGCAUUAUGUUGACGAAGUUUUGAACUUUGACAGGGAACUCGAAAACUGCAUCGACGUCGAAAACAUCGACUGUUGUUUUUACUCUCCGCUUCAAGUUUUGCUUCUGGACGAAAAAGUUUUUCCCAAGUGGUUGGAAAUGGAGUCAAACUUGGUAAAAGAAAAAUUAGACAAUCUACUUUCGGAUUGGGAAAACUGCUGGAAAGCGGAAAUAACUGACGAUAACAGGCUCAAGUUCAUUCCGAAAUCUGCAAAUAUAUUUCUGACUUUAUUAGAUUGCAUUUCAAACAGGUACAAAAAGUUGCCGAGUUUUGAGCACCGAAAACAGUUUUUCCACUUGCAGCUUGAACUAAUGGACGAGUUUCGCACGAGGUUGAUGCAGUUGAAAAACCAGGAGAAAAUUAUUCCUCUGAAUGAAUCGUUCAUUGGCAUUUUGAACUCGGCUCAUUACGUAAUCCAAGUUCUUACGCAAUGGUCCAGUGACGUCACUUACUCACUCCUGACAUUGCCGCGUAUGGAUGAUGUAACAGGAUCGGACUCAGUUGGUAUCCAGACCAGUGUGGGUCCAUUCGACUACCAGGUGGAGACCAUGUCCCUCUUCAUGCAGGACUGUGAGCUCAUUCUGGCCAGAUAUGUGGCCAAUCAGGUGAAGGAGAAGGUGCCGCUCUACAGGAGUCAGAAGUUUUGGACCAAGAGCCAGCCGAAGAAAUCAGAGGAACAGAAAGAUGAGGCUGGAAAGAAUGUUUCCACAAUUGCAGCCGACAUUUUGCUUCCCUUCUCCACAGAAAUUGAACAACUUAGUUUGACUUUAAACGAAAACUCAUUCCGAAACACGUGGAAAUCGGUGUGCAGUUUUGUCGACAAAAUCAUUUACAUUGACCUUGUUUUGAAGACAAACUUCUCAAAGUUUGGAUGCGACCAAUUUGUAACAGAUAUUUCACAAGGAUUGCUGCCAAUAGUCGGAAAGUUUACCCGAAAUCCGAGGAACUUCUUCCCUUGUUUGUCGGAUAUUGUGACGCUGUUUUCACUUUCAAAGGGAACUUUCCUGCUGCUGAAGGAUCACUUGGAGCAAGUGGAGAGUGGAAAAUGCGACCAUGACGAGUUUCAAAGAAUAUGCAAUGAGUAUAGACUGAAUGGACUUACGAAUGCCACUCAGAUUUUAAAAGUGAUGUCUAAAGUUAUUUGACGGACUGGAUUUGUGUAUAUAUGACUGAAGUUGGAAUUGAAUGGUAACAGGGAAUAUAAAAAACUUAUAAUUGAUGAUAUAACUUUUACCAAAUUGUCGAUAAUAAGAAAUUAAUAACUUGAAUAAGAAAUAAAUGUUGGUAGUGGAAUUUAAAUCUAUAAUGCAA